AUGAGUAAAUCGGUAUUUAAACCUGUGACCUACGUAAUUUUUGAUUUGGAUGGAACUCUAUUAGAUACGGAGCGGAUUCAUAAAAAAACGUUUACAAAAAUCGCCAAAGAUUAUGGCAAAGAAUUUCCCGAUAAUUUACGUUUACAAAUCCUUGGAAAACAAGAAAUGGAUGUGGCUAAUUUGAUUAUCAACACAUUGCAACUAAAUUUAACACCCGAAGAAUUAUUACAAUUAGCUCGUGACGAGGAAGAAAAGGAAUUACAAAACGUAAAACUUAUGAACGGAGUCAAAGAUCUCUUAGAAUAUUUCUGUCGACAUAAGGUACCGAUGGCGGUGGCAACAAGUAGUUCAGAGAAAAGUUUCUACGUGAAAACGGCUAAUCUGCAAAAUAUAUUUUCCGUGUUCCAUCAUGUGGUCACCGGGUCUUCCGAUCCAGAAGUAAAAAACGGCAAGCCAGCACCGGACAUAUUCAAUAUAUGUGCUUCAAGGUUUCCGGGAAACCCUGCGAACAACAAGUUUCUGGUAUUCGAAGACUCGCCAAACGGAGUGACUGCAGCUUUAGCAGCGGGCAUGCAAGUGGUUAUGAUACCCGAUCCCAUGUUACCAAGAGAAUUGACCGCUAAUGCUACACACGUGAUGGAAUCUAUGGAAGAUUUUUGUCCGGAAAUGUUUUUUUUACCACCACGCGAUUUCUCAUGCUCAUGCUCUUCAUAAAUUUGAGUAUAUAUCGUCGUAAUUGAUGUAUAAUUUCCACCUAGCCAUUGUACUAACAACAUAUAAAUAUAAAUUCUAACAAAUUUUCCUGGUAUUGAUUGUUGGGCGGUAUUUUAGGUGUAUGAAAACGUUACUGAAAAGUUUAAUUUUUUAAAUAUCAUUACAAAUUAAAAAUACCAAAUAACAUAAAAAACGGUGAAACGUGAUUAAA